AUGACGAAGCGACAAGUAGUGUUCCUGUUACUGCUGUUGACGGUGCUAGAGCUGUACAAGCUGGCUCAGGCUAGCGACACUAGCCUUGAUCGCAGUGAGAAAAAGUACUUCUUCAGCGAUACAAUCAAGCUCAAUUGGUACAAGGCUGUAGAGUUUUGCCGAUCGCGUGGAAUGUAUUUGCUGUCGAUAAGGAACGCCGCAGAACGGGAAGCUGUCGUUAAGUAUCUGGAGAGCACAGGUUAUCCUAAAACGCACGAUAAAUUUAUGCUGUGGAUGUCUGCAAACGAUGUUGGUGAGGAGGGCGAAUUCCACUGGGCAUCGACCGGGGAGCGUGUAAACUAUUUGAACUGGAGCAAUAUGGAACCGAACAACUUUGAACCCGAGGAGAACUGCGUCGUCCUGGAGUACUGGGCGCAGGGUGGUUCAAACUGUAACUACACGUUCAACGAUCGAUACUGUACCCUUGAUCGUCUUUUCCUCUGUGAAACACUGUUGGCUUGA